UCUAUUUGUAUAAAUCUUAGCAAUUAUUAGAAAAACACCUGCGUACACUUUAUUUGAAAAUUUCGAGCUGCCACCAACGCAACGGAUUGGCAACUUUGGUCGGCCAGCUGUCCGUCGUGGUCGUGCAACAACAAAUUGAGCAGAAAAUCAAGAAAACCGAUCGUGCUUAAACCAGAACAGCUGAACGUGCAACAAAAGUGAUUGCGAAAUAAGCUGCAAGAGGAAGCCAGACGUCAUAAUCGCAUCACUGGGAAACGCGGCAGACGUCGACAUUUUAUGGCGGAAGCAGCAGUGUCAAUCUGAGAUUGAAGGACAGCUCUAAAGGAACUCCCAGAUACCCGCCAGCGACGGCAGACAGCAACAUGUUUUGACCUCCCACUCGACACAGCUGGAGCGCCCGCUGCUCUUCUCUGUUCCCCCUGGUCACCUAGUCAUCCGUUCUCGCGGCAUCGCCCCAUCAGCCCCCCAUAAUAGGCACAAACUCCGCAAGCACGGCCAACCAUGUCCUUCUCCGACUUCGAUGCCAUCUACGAGGAUGAGCAGCUGGACGAGCUGGAGCACUUCCAGGACCAAACGGUGGCGCCGGUCCAGGAGCCCAUCAUCAUACGCGGCGCGGGCAACAUGACGGUAUUUGGGCUGAGCAACCGUUUCAACGCGGAGUUUCCCUGCGGUCUGCUGUCGCGCGUGGCUCCCGAGGAGUUCAAGGCGACGGUGGGCCGGAUCAACGGAGUGCUGAAGAAAUCCCUGCCCGUCAACGUCAAAUGGCUCUUCUGCGGCUGCGUCUGCUGUUGCUGCACGCUCGGUUGUUCCCUCUGGCCCGUCAUCUGUCUCAGCAAACGCACACAACUCACACUGGACAAGCUGUUCGAAUGGGAGAACAAUCAUCUAUAUCAUAAGCUGGGCCUGCACUGGCGACUGCAUAAGCAACAAUGUGAUUCCAAUUCCAUGAUGGAGUAUGUUAUUUUAAUUGAAUUUAUACCCAAAACGCCCAUCUACCGGCCCGACUAAGUGCCGUCGAGGAGGAGGAGGGGCGUGGUAUCCACAGGGUCGCGGGGUUGUCGUAAUGGUAAUUGUAAAAUAAACACUAGCUGCUAACACUUUGCUUUAGGCGUUUACGGAUCGUGCUAAUCAGCAGAGAGUAUAGGUACACUAAUCCAUAGGACAGGACAGGCGCAGGCACAGCACACAAACUGGGCAUUACCUAAUUUAGUGCACUCGCAGAUUGUCAUUUUAAGCUAGUACUAUUUCAUGUUCGGUUUAUAAACAAAUUUUUGCAAGAACUCUAGGCGGUAAGUUUGAUUUCUCGUAACUUUAGGGCGCUCUACUUUUUCUGUUUCUCGUUUAGUUGUAAAUUCUUAUUUGUUUCCCAAACUAAUGCAAUACUAUUUAAUAAAUUUCGUGUUAGGAAAUUUACAGUGAUUUCGAAAA